AGCUGACCCUUUUCUUUUUCCCUCCUGUCUAUUAUGCAGUACGACGAUUUACCCCAUUACGGUGGGAUGGAUGGAGUGGGGAUCCCGAGCACCAUGUACGGGGACCCCCAUGCCGCCAGAUCCAUGCAGCCCGUCCACCACAUGAAUCACGGUCCUCCGCUUCACUCCCAUCAAUACCCGCACACAGCUCACACCAACGCCAUGCCCCCAAGCAUGGGCUCCUCCGUCAAUGACGCUUUAAAGAGAGAUAAAGAUGCCGUUUAUGGGCUUCUCCAGUUGCACGGAGGGAAGAGAGAAAAUCUGAUUAGGAAUUAGGACUGAAUCAAGCGAGGGAGAAAGAGAAAGGGGAAGAGGAGGAGGAGGAGGAGGAGGAGGAGGAGGAGGAGGAGGAGGAGGAGGAGGAGGAGGACAGAAAGAAAGCUUUUAGAGCUCAUAUGCUUUUGAUGUUAACAUUUGAGGUGUCCUGACCACUGGAAGCACACACGGAGGAUUCUCAUCAUUCAUUCACCACCUUUGACAACCUCUCCUUUGAU